GUACCUGAGAGACACAGGAGAUGGCUGAGCGACCGCGCUGAGCGACUGUGGACCCGCUAUCGUUGAGGGAAACGGUUCACGACUGGGGCGGAUAAAUAGCGUUUCUCGCCUCGAGAAACAGAGUUCUCCGACGAUGGAACGAGAAGUACGGCAACUGUCAUUGCCGAAGUAUUGUAGGGCAGCGCUCUGCGCUGCACGGCUAUCCGCCGAUUAAUACUUCCUUAUCCUCUGCUUUACCGCAGAGACUCCUAUUCCUAAAGAGCCCGCCCGCCUCCCUCAUGCCCAGGCCCCCGCCAUCCGCCACGGGCCGCGCCCGCCCCGCCGCGCCCAGCGGCAGCGCCCCCCGCGCCCUCCCCAGCACGGGCGCCGGCCGCGGGCGGGGCCGCGGUGCCCACCGCGGCCGCGGUCCCAAGCCCCGCGCCGCCGCGCCCGCCGCCGCGCCUGUCCCGCUGCCGAGCGGCCGCGGCCGCGGUCGCGGCCGUGGCGCGCCACAGCCCAGCGCGCCGCCGUCCGUGACCACGCGCUCUCGCGCGCGCGCCACGCCGGCGCCCUAGCCCGGCCGGGCCGCCGGCCAUCACGCCGGCGCCGGCCGGCCACCGCCGGCGGCCUCUAGGGCCGCCGCGCGCCUUACCUUUGGUCCAGGCCUAGGCGUAUCCGCAUGUCGCAUGUUGUGCUAGUGCGCGGGUGCCUGUCUGCCUGCCAUGUUUGUUGCCGCAUACCUUGCCGGCCUACGUCGCCGGGAGCAUCGUUGUCCGGUUGCGGUGCAUUGCCGGCCACUAGUGUGGCUUGGUGUGUUUGAGGUGUAUUGCCAGCCACUGGUGUGGCUCGGUCUGUUUGAGGAGUAUUGCCGGCCACUGGUGUGGCCCGGUAUGUUUGAGGAGUAUUGCCGGCCACUGGUGUGGCCCGGUAUGUUUGAGGAGUAUUGCCGGCCACUAAUGCAACAUAAACAUCGGGGUUUGGGGGGGUAGUCGUCGGUCGUUUCGGUUGAGGUAGCGGGGAAUUGUGACGAGACGAUUGGGACCAGGAUGGUUACACUGGGCAUAAGCCGACCGGGAGCUGAGUGCCGGUCAGGGUCAGGACAGGGCUUAUGUGUGCCUCUCGUACUGUAAGUUCCGAGGAGG